AGCUUUCGCGCGAGUGAAUGUGUUUUGAACGGUGUUGAACGAUUAAAGAACAUCAUGAAGAAUGGUGAUCCUUCAGUCUGGCCAAUCUGGGCAAUUAAUGGCGUAAUGAACAGCAUGACAAAAUCAACACUCCGUCAGCCCACAUUCAUUCAGCCAGAGGCAAUCUCUAGGUUGUGCACCUAUUUAUGUCCUGUCUUGGGUGGCUUGGAGGGGGAUCGGGAUCCAUUACUUCAAAGCUACUUGGAUACCUCCUGUAUGCUACUUGCUAGCAAUCCUACGAUGCAGUUCAGGGAAGAAAGAGACACUUUUGGUCCUAUCCUUGUUCCCAGUGAAAAGUUAUGGGGAGCUCAAACUCAGAGAUCAUUGCAGAACUUUGAAAUUGGCGGUCAGCGUGAAAGGUUGCCAGAACCUAUCAUUUGUGCCUUCGGCAUACUCAAGAAAUGUGCUGCCAAGGUGAAUAUGGAAUAUGGUCUAGACCCCUCCAUUGGAAAAGCCAUAAUGCAAGCAGCACAAGAAGUUGCCGAGGGGAAGCUAAAUGAUCACUUUCCCCUUGUCGUAUGGCAAACUGGAAGUGGCACUCAAAGUAACAUGAAUGCCAAUGAGGUAAUUGCAAAUAGAGCUUCCGAGAUCCUUGGUCAUAACCGUGGUGAAAAAUUUGUUCACCCAAAUGACCAUGUGAACAGAUCUCAAUCUUCGAACGAUACAUUCCCAACUGUAAUGCACAUUGCAGCUGCGAUGGAAAUAAACUCAACGUUAAUUCCAAACCUGAAAACUUUGCAUGCUACACUGCAUUCGAAGUCUGUUGAGUUCCAAGACAUUGUUAAAAUUGGGCGCACUCACACCCAAGAUGCUACACCCUUGACCUUGGGACAAGAGUUUAGUGGCUACACUACACAAGUUAAGUACGGGAUUGAUCGAGUCUUGUGCACUCUUCCUCGCUUGUAUCAGCUUGCUCAAGGUGGCACUGCUGUGGGAACUGGACUAAAUACAAAGAAAGGGUUUGAUAUAAAGAUAGCUGCAGCUAUAGCUGAGGAAACUAAAUUGCCAUUUGUCACUGCUGAAAACAAAUUCGAAGCACUGGCUGCACAUGAUGCCUUUGUUGAAACCAGUGGAGCCCUUAAUACCAUUGCUACUUCUCUGAUGAAGAUUGCUAAUGAUAUUCGCUUAUUGGGAAGUGGUCCUCGAUGUGGACUUGGCGAACUAAGUCUUCCUGAAAAUGAGCCAGGCAGCAGUAUCAUGCCUGGGAAGGUGAAUCCCACCCAGUGUGAGGCUCUCACAAUGGUUUGUUCCCAGGUUAUGGGAAACCAUGUUGCCAUUACAGUGGGUGGAUCAAAUGGGCACUUUGAACUGAAUGUAUUCAAGCCAAUGAUUGCUAACGCUCUCCUGCAUUCAUUGAGGUUGCUGGGAGAUGCAUCUGCAUCCUUUGAGAAGAACUGUGUGAGAGGCAUACAGGCCAACAAAGAAAGAAUUUCAAAGUUGCUGCAAGAGUCGCUAAUGCUUGUGACAUCCUUGAACCCUAAAAUUGGUUACGACAAUGCUGCCGCUGUUGCCAAGAAGGCUCAUAAGGAGGGAACCACCCUGAAGGAAGCUGCACUGAAACUUGGAGUGCUGACAAGUGAAGAAUUUGAUACGCUUGUGGUACCUCAGAAAAUGAUCGGUCCAUCUGAUGUGGAAUUCAAGGCUGCCACCAAAAGGACACCUGCCAACCAAUACACUUCCUGUUACAACCAAAUCAUCUCCUGUCUCCGUUGCUCAACUUGCUCUAUAUCCACUGUCGCAUCCUCUCCGACUCCGAAUCUAAUCUCCGAUUUCAGGAUUAGAUUUGAGGUACAGAAAAUGGCUGUGUAUAUCGUAUCCCGGCGGCUCUCAGGCGGACCGGGAGCCACCACUUCCCGGCUACUUGGUUCCCUCCAGUAUGCUGCUUGCUGGCGAUCUUACUCGACGUCGUUCAGGGAGGAGAAAGACACUUUCGGCCCCAUUCUUGUUCCAAAUGAUAAGUUAUGGGGGGCACAAACUCAGAGAUCGUUGCAGAACUUUGAAAUUGGAGGCGACCGAGAGAGGAUGCCAGAACCGAUUAUUCGUGCCUUUGGCAUACUCAAGAAAUGUGCUGCCAAGAGAUCGUUGCAGAACUUUGAAAUUGGAGGCGACCGAGAGAGGAUGCCAGAACCGAUUAUUCGUGCCUUUGGCAUACUCAAGAAAUGUGCUGCCAAGGUGAAUAUGGAAUAUGGUCUUGAUCCAUCCAUUGGAAAAGCCAUAAUGCAAGCAGCACAAGAAGUCGCUGAGGGGAAGCUAAGUGAUCACUUUCCCCUUGUUGUAUGGCAAACUGGAAGUGGCACUCAGAGUAACAUGAAUGCCAAUGAGGUAAUUGCUAAUAGAGCUGCUGAGAUCCUUGGCCACAAGCGUGGGGAAAAAUUGGUCCACCCAAAUGACCAUGUGAACAGAUCUCAAUCUUCUAAUGAUACAUUCCCAACUGUAAUGCACAUUGCAGCUGCAAUGGAAAUAAAUUCAAGAUUAAUUCCAAACUUGAAAAACUUGUAUACUUCAUUGCAUUCAAAGUCAGUUGAGUUCAAAGACAUUGUUAAAAUUGGACGUACUCACACCCAAGAUGCGACACCUUUGACUUUGGGACAAGUGUUUGGUGGCUAUACCACACAAGUUAAGUACGGGAUUGAUAGGGUGUUGUGCACUCUUCCUCACAUGUAUCAGCUUGCCCAAGGUGGCACUGCUGUAGGAACAGGACUAAAUACAAAGAAAGGGUUUGAUGUAAAGAUAGCUGCAGCUGUUGCCGAGGAAACUAACCUGCCAUUUAUCACUGCAGAAAACAAAUUUGAAGCAUUGGCUGCACAUGAUGCUUUUGUUGAAACUAGUGGAGCCUUUAAUACUGUUGCAACAUCUCUCAUGAAGAUUGCUAAUGACAUUCGCUUAUUGGGAAGUGGUCCUCGAUGUGGACUUGGUGAAAUAAUUCUUCCUGAAAAUGAGCCGGGCAGCAGUAUUAUGCCUGGGAAAGUGAAUCCCACCCAGUGUGAGGCUCUCACAAUGGUCUGUGCUCAGGUUAUUGGAAACCAUGUGGCCAUUACAGUGGGUGGAUCAAAUGGGCACUUUGAACUGAAUGUAUUCAAGCCAAUGAUUGCAAAUGCUCUCCUGCAUUCAUUGAGAUUGCUAGGAGAUGCGUCUGCUUCCUUUGAGAAGAACUGUGUGAGAGGCAUACGAGCCAAUAAAGAAAGAAUUUCAAAAUUGCUGCAUGAGUCACUAAUGCUUGUGACAUCCUUGAAUCCUAAAAUCGGUUAUGAUAAUGCUGCCGCAGCUGCCAAGAAGGCUCAUAAGGAGGGAACUACUCUAAAGGAAGCUGCACUGAAACUUGGAGUGCUGACAAGUGAAGAAUUUGAUAAGCUUGUGGUGCCUGAGAAAAUGAUUGGCCCAUCUGACUGAGAAGCAUUUCAAACAUGACAUGAUUCCUUGAAUCCGGUAUCAACUUUUCCAGAUUUUGUUUUCUUAUUAACCACAUCGCUACAUCAGUUGGAUUGGGAAACGAAAUCCAACAGCCGUUUUUCUAAUUUGUUUCUUAAAACAACGUUUUCCUCUAGGCUUCUUGGCUUUUAUGCAUCUAGAUUUUUUAUGAGAAUUGAGAAAUGAUAGCCCUUAGUUGCUAGUAAGGGGAAACCUCCAUCAUUUUCUAGAGAGAUAAGAUAGUCUAUCGCUGCAAGCUACACAAGGCAUAAAAAGAUGUAUAAGUUCAUGCAUGGUGUUUUUAUUCUCCAGCUGGUAAUCAAUCACCGCAUCAGCUUAGGGAAAUAAAUUCAUUGUGUUUCUUUCUGUUCAUAUUUUUCACAUGCUUUCCGCUUGCAAGCAUGGAAAUAACACAACCUCUGCUAAUUUUAUCCACCAUCUAAGUCCCCGGGUACCCUGGAAAAUCUCUAGGGUCAAAUGAAGAUUAAACUCUCUAUUAGAAUAAUUUGAGUAGAAUGUUGAAUAAGAAAAGUUGUUCUGUUCA